AUGGCGGAAGGAGAGCUGAAAGCUGGAUCUUCCCGGUCAGGUAAUCAUAUCGAGAUGGCUCUCGCGGACGUGCCCGAAUCUGCACGAUGCACAUGCGUUCACGAGCCUGUACCUGGUAAACCGGGAAUGUAUCAAGUUCACGUAGAUGGUGAAGAUGCAGGGACCUCGGAAGGAGGACAAGGACGAGAAGAGCGAUCGGAGAAAGAAGUCGGAGAUGGAAAUACCGCCAGGACGGAGAUCCAAUACGAUGUGUAA